GAGCAAUACGUUUAUCACAGGUAGGUUGUUAACAAGCGGUGAACAAGCCCGUGUUCCAGCGGUACCAUGGCGGACUCGCUGUUCUGUGGCCCGGCCUACCCUUCUGUCAAUGGCAACACUACAGCAGUGGACGUCAGGACCGAGGAGUGCCUCGUGGAUGGACUCAACUUAAUACCACAUGCGGGGUACCUGCCAUUGGCUUUUCUUGCGCUGCUCUUGUGGAGAUGGAAAUAUGGGAAAGAGACUGGAAGUGAAACGCAGAAAGGAUGGGUCUUGUUCCCAGGGCACUAUGCACGGUGGAUCGUCGCUCUCGUUCUUCUAUUUACCACGCUAUGUGAGGUAGGAGAGGGUGUUGUAUCGGACAGUUACACCCCAGGACAUCACAUCCACCUGUACCUGCCGUGGAUAGUCGCACUACUGGCCACCCUGCUGGCCUGUGUAUACUACUACCAGGUGGAAACGUCCAACAAACCCCGUCUGUUGUUACCGCUGUGCGUGUACUACGCCAUGUCUGCCGGCUUCAAAGCUGCCCGGCUGGCUCAUCUGUACAACCGUGACGUCAGCUCUACCCGACUCCGGCUCAGUCUGACAUGGACGUCUGUCGUCCUUUACGCGAUGCAUAUCGUGAUAGAAGGAUACACGCUGUUUAAAGUGAAGUACCUGUCGGCCAGCCCAGUCCAACUGAAGCCGCACAGUGACCUGAAGGACGACAACAUGUAUUACGUGUUUCCUUACGUCACGCUGCCGUCACGUCUCACGUUCUGGUGGGCCAGCUUCAUCCUCCGGGUGGGCUACAAGGAACCUCUGGAGAUGUCCCACCUGGGCAACAUCCCCAAGCAAAUGCGAGCUAAAGCAUCGUAUGACGUGUUCAAGACAACAUAUGACCAUGACAAGGAAAAGGCCAUUGCAAAAAACGAAAAGCUGUCAUUGUGGAUGGUCUACAUAAAGGCCUUCGGCGAUGCCUUUGUCAUCGCUGGAAUUCUAAGGCUUUUGGUGGACGUCCUGACGUUCUCAACCCCCUUGAUUCUGAAGGGAAUUAUCACCUGGGCCACCGACGGCAUAAAGCAAGGAGAGGUGGAGCGACCCAUGUAUCAGGGACCUUACCUUGUGACAGCAGGUGAAUUCUUUGGGAAUGGUUUUAUACUGCUGAUUCUUAUGUUGAUCGUCAACAUACUGAGAUACCAGCUCGACUACUUCGGAGCCUACUUGACCUUCCAGCAGGGAGUCCAGCUCAAGGCUGCCAUUCAGACUAUGAUAUACAACAAGGUGCUGAAGCUAUCCUCCCGUUUGCUGAGCAGCGACAAGGUCACGGCAGGACAAGUCAUGAACCACGCCGGUAUGGACGCCCAGCAGUUACUGGUCAUGAUGUCGUUGAUCCACAACCCGUGGUCUAUGGUCUUUCAGCUUCUCGCUGGCUGUAUCCUGCUGUACUUCCAACUAGGCUGGAGCGCCGUGAUAGGGACCUUACUCAUCAUCAUUAUGUCUCCUGUCAACUACAAGAUAGCACGGAUAACAGAGCGACUCACGAAGAAGAAAAUGGCUACAUCAGAUACUCGCAUGAAGCGCAUUAAUGAAACUAUCCAGGCUAUCAAGCUUCUGAAGCUUUACGCGUGGGAACAGAUGUUUAGCGACAAAGUGCUCGCCGCCAGGAACACCGAGGUUGGGGAAAUGUACAAACGAGCUGGCUGGGAAAUCCUCACUUUUCGCACCAGGUCUAGCAUAGUUUUUCCUCUGAAAAUCAACGCUGCCGUGUGUGACAAACGGCUGGAACCCUUCUUUGAGUCCGAUGAAGUUGAGGAACUUGGGAACAUGUGCCGUCAUGAUGUGCAUUCUGACGACGAUAAUGAGAGUGCUAAGGAAAAAGCAGACGGUGACGUAGUCUCAGAACAAAAGGUGAAAUUAUUGAGAAACCCCUACGAUAAGCUGCCUGAGGAUGAGAACAGCGUCGAGCUGAAGCAGCUUGCCGGAGAGCUGUCACAGACAACUGACAUGGCAGAGGAUGUUGCUAUUGAGAUCCGGAACGGCAACUUUUCCUGGGAAUUGGCGACGGGCACUGUGGCUCUUCACGACAUCAACCUAAAGGUAUUAAAAGAAAAACUGACCGUCGUUGUUGGGCAGGUGGGAAGUGGGAAGUCAUCCUUGUGUUCCGCCAUUCUCGGAGAGAUGAGAACCCUUUCUGGACAAGUCCUUUGGCACAAGAGCCAAAACAGUGUUGCCUAUGGGGCACAGAAACCUUGGCUUCUCAAUGCCACCUUGCGGGACAACAUUACCUUCGGACAGCCCUUUGAUAACGCCAGGUACCAGAAGGUGAUAUCAGCCUGCUGUCUGCAGCCUGACAUCGACAUUCUCCCUGGUGGUGACAUGACAGAGAUUGGAGAAAAGGGAAUCAACCUGAGCGGCGGCCAGAAACAGAGAGUCAGUCUGGCAAGAGCGCUGUAUUCUAACAGUGACAUCGUCAUACUGGAUGACCCAUUGUCCGCUCUGGACGCGCACGUCGGGGGUGAUGUGUUUGAGCACGGCAUCAUGGCACACUUGAUAAACGACGAGAAGCGGACAGUGGUCCUGGUCACCCACAAACUGCAGUACCUGGAGGAAAGUCAUUAUGUGGGUGAAGAGCCAGAGCAAGAUGAGGAGGAGGAAGAGGAGGAAGAAGUGGAUGAAGGGAAAGCUGCUGAAGGCAAACUAGUAAAAGCUGAGGAGCGAUACUUUGAUACGUUAUCUAAUGCAGGAUUGAUUCUUGCAUUAGCAACUUACCUAAAUAUCUCUAUCAAACAGCUAUCCAAGCACGGUUUACAGAUCGGGAUCGACUUCUGGCUGUCUACUUGGGCUUCAGCAGGCACGAUGGCCGGCUCACCUUUGGAACCUCAGAACAGCACUAUCAACCAAACUAUGGGAAAUGCCACAAAGCAGCAUAGUCUGUGCUUUACAUUUGAAAAUUGCAUUCUGAAUACAUUCUCCAGAUUCUUUGACACUACACCAACUGGAAGAGUGCUGAAUCGCAUGUCAGAGGACACUGCAGUCAUAGACUUGCGUCUGCCUCUGAUAAUGGAACAUCUGAUCCGCGUCGUCCUGUUGAUCUGCUCGGCUCUUCUCGUCAACGCCGUGGUGACGCCAUAUUUCCUCAUCGGCGCGGUCCCAAUCGUCGUCUUUUACUACAUGGUGCAGAAGUAUUACCGGGCAACAGCGAGGGAGAUCAAACGCCUUGACAACAUCAACAAGUCGCCUGUGUUUGCCCACUUCUCAGAGACACUUGGGGGACUGACUACCGUUCGUGCCUACAGGAUGGAAAAGAAAUUCAGCACAUCCCUUAUGGACAAACUUGACAGGAGCAACACCCCGGUCUACUACACGAACGCCAUCUCCAGUUGGAUUGGUGCCAGGCUGGGGUAUUUGGGAGCCAUUAUUGUUUUCCUGGCCGGUCUGUCUUCCGUGUUGGCCGCCAUGUUUGGAUCGGUGUCCCCAGCUAUGAUUGGCCUGUCCAUCACCUACGCACUCAAUAUACAAAUGUACCUGUUAUGGCUGGUCCGUGGCUGCGCUAUGAUCGAGAUGAUGAUGACCUCAGUAGAAAGAGUGGACAGUUACUCCUCCAUUCCUACAGAACCAUACAACACAGAUGGUGAGAAAUGGACUUGGGACAGAAACCUGUGCCAUAUAAGUCAGCAGAAUACCCUGUGUAACGUCAUCGUCGAUGACAACUGGCCAUCUAAAGGAGAGGUAUCCUUUGAAGGCGUCUCUGUCAGGUAUGACAAAACUUUGGACCCGGUUCUGACUGACGUGUCAGCAACCUUUGAAGCAGGCGAAAAGGUCGGCAUUUGUGGACGUACCGGCAGUGGGAAGUCAUCCUUGACUCUUGCUUUAUUCAGGAUGAUUGACAACUUCAAAGGUAAAAUCACCAUAGAUGGCUUGGACAUCAGCCGAGUGCCGCUGACAACUCUUCGGUCACGUCUGUCCAUCAUCCCUCAAGACCCUGUGCUGUUCAGCGGCUCUGUCAGGUACAACCUGGACCCAUUCGAUAAAUGCAGCGAUGAAGAGCUGUGGGAGGCUUUGGACACUGCCCAACUAAAGACAUUGGUGUCAGAACUACCUAACAAGCUAGAUGAGGCUGUUUCUGACGGUGGCGAAAACUUCAGUGUUGGUCAGAGACAGCUGUUUUGCCUGGCCAGGACUUUCGUGAGGAAAUGCCGGAUACUCAUCAUGGAUGAGGCAACUGCUUCCAUCGACAUGGAGACGGAUUUCAAUCUCCAGAAUGUAAUCCAGACUGCUUUCAAGGACCGGACUGUCAUCACAAUUGCGCAUCGUAUCGCCACUAUCCUGAGCUCUGACCGGAUUCUUGUACUGGACCAAGGCAAGGUGGUCGAGAACGACAGCCCAGACAAACUUCUCAAGCAACCAAAUGGUCUCUUUGCGUCACUGGUCAAAGCCAACAAGUAGUUUAGUUUGAUACAUUGUACUUUUAUCUAAGAGGCAAAAGAAGAACAGGAGAGUCGUGUGAUACUUAAGAAGAAAGAAGUAAAAUGCGCUCAACAUUUGUAUUUUUUGUAAUUGAGUGGCAUAGAAUAUGCUUUGUCAUAUAUAGAGCACUAGAUAAACAUAUCAUUUUAAUGUAAUCAAUAGUAAACGCAUUAUGUUUGGUUGUAUACUUUACAUGAGGUCUACCCUCUAUUGUAUCCUGAGGUCAUUUUGGGGUCCUUUUUUCUCAGGAAGCUGAAUUGUCCUGUCUUCCAGUAUUCAGGAGUAAAUUUUUCAAACAUUGUACGUAUCUUCAAAACGCCAUUACACAUCCAUUACAUACAUAAUAGUACCAAACAAUAUGAAGCGACAUGUUACGAUAAUAUAACGCCCUAUAUUCAAGGUGUAUGUACUAUUUGAUUAUAUUCAUAACAAAUAAAACAAUAUGUUCGAUAUACAUAUACUGUACUGUGAGACUUUGAAUAGAAAUUGCUUUCUUUUACUGGCAACAC